UUUUGGGUCCUGGUCACUUUCCCCCCUAUCCAAACCCAUUGCAGAUGUUUUCAAGCUGAACGAUCCAAAGGGAAAACCACCUUUGCCGCCUCGCCGCGAGCAACAUCAACAGCAGCAGCAGCAGCAACAGGAGCUGAGCUCCUUUGGGCCGCUGCAUGAGAAGCGUUUAUCGAGUGCCGCCUUGAGUCGCCACAAACUGAAAAUGUCACUAAAACGAGGUGGACCACCCCCAGCUAGCUCUAGUGGGGCUGCCAUGAUAAUGACCACCUCAUUGAGUGGCGUCAGCUUGGACAAACAGAAAAUUCCCUCGGUUGUGUCAUCGUCGUCGGUGUAUGAGGCAAACGGCCAAAGGAAUAUCGCGAAUAUAAGCAAACCCAAAUUCAUAAGAUCGGAUAUGGCUGAUGUACCCGUACAACAGGCUGCAGGAUCAACAUUACCAUUGGUAAUAACACGGAAAAAAGGCGGCGGUGAUGAUUCGGAGGAUGGCAACUAUAAUCCAUUUGAGCAUCGCAAAGUGGAGCAUCCAACAUCGGAUGUGGAGACAUUUGUGCAUCUGCUUAAGGGAUCUCUGGGCUCCGGUAUAUUGGCCAUGCCCAUGGCCUUCAUGAAUGCAGGCCUGUGGUUUGGAUUGGUGGCCACUUUCGCUGUAGGCACUCUCUGCACAUACUGCGUCCACAUAUUGGUGAAGUGCGCCCACAUUUUGUGUCGGCGUCGCAAGAUUCCGAUGAUGGGAUUCGCCGAUGUGGCCGAGCAGGCUUUCCUCGACGGCCCCCCGUCCCUGAAUCGCUGGUCCCGCUUUAUACGCUUCAUGGUGAAUACGUUUCUGGUGAUCGAUCUGCUGGGAUGCUGUUGCAUCUAUCUCGUAUUUGUGGCCACCAAUGUGCAACAGGUGGUCGAUGUCUACUUGGAAACGCACCUGAGUGUCCGUGUGUGGAUUAUGAUUGUAACGGCUCCAUUGAUUCUCAUGUGUCUCGUGCGAAACUUGAAGUUCCUAACGCCCUUCUCCAUGAUUGCCAAUAUACUGAUGUUCGUGGGCAUUGUGAUAACUUUCAUCUACAUGUUCUCCGACUUGCCAGCGCCAGCUGAACGUUCGGGUAUUGUGUCGCCCCUUCAAUGGCCCCUCUUCUUCGGCACUGUUAUCUUCGCCCUGGAAGGCAUUGGUGUAGUCAUGUCCCUGGAGAAUGACAUGAAGAAUCCAUCCCAUUUUAUUGGCUGCCCUUCGGUAUUGAACUUUGGCAUGGGUCUCGUCAUUGCCCUGUACACUCUGGUCGGAUUCUUUGGCUACCUGAAGUACGGUGAUGCUACAGAGGCUAGCAUUACAUUGAAUUUGCCUUUGGAAGACAAACUGGCCCAAUCCGUGAAACUGAUGAUAGCCAUAGCGAUCUUUUUCACCUUUACACUGCAGUUCUAUGUGCCCGUUAGCAUUCUGUGGAAAGGCAUGGAGCAUAAAAUCUCACCAGAACGUCAAAAUGCCAGCGAAUAUGGCCUGCGUGUGGCAUUAGUGAUUCUUUGCGGAGCCAUUGCCGUGGCACUACCCAAUUUGGGUCCAUUUAUUUCGUUGAUUGGUGCCGUGUGCCUUAGUACGCUGGGCAUGAUUGUGCCAGCUACCAUUGAAUUGGCUGUCUAUCACGAGGAUCCCGGCUAUGGCCGCUUCAAAUGGAGAUUGUGGAAGAAUUCGGGUCUGAUAUUGUUUGGUGUUGUUGGCUUCAUAACGGGCACAUAUGUCAGUAUACGCGAAUUCCAUGCCGAGUUCAGUGGUGGUCAUUGAACAGGAAAACAAAUAAUUGCUAAUUUAAUUUAAAUUAGUUUUAAAUACACACACACACACACACGCACACGCACACAACAUAUGUAAACACAAACACACACACACACACACACAGGGAUGUCUAAGCUAAGUUUUUAACUAAUUUUAGGGCUAAAGUUUUUGAUUUGUAAGAAUUUCAAUUUGUUUGUCUUCCCCUAUCCAAAUCCCACCCACAAUCCAUGCCGAUUUAAAUACCCUUUAGCACUAACACACCCCCACCCCCACCCCCACCUCACCCCAACCACCAUUCCACACCCCACUCAACCAGCCAUACGACUCAUCAGGUAGAGAAAAGUAACAGAAAAGUAUUUCAAUAUUACUUAAUGCCAUUCAUUUGUUUGGCAUUAGACAAAGAGCGAGAGAAAGAGAGAGCGAGAGAGAGAGAGAGUAAAGAGUGUGUGAGAAAAGUUAGAGAAUUUUGCAUAAAAGUGAUUUUUGUAAACAAAGUGAUUCUAUAUAUUUUUUCAAUUUUUUUUUUUCUAAUUUGUGUUGACUAUCAAUUUUAAAAUACAAAAUACAUCCUAGUUAUUAGUAGUAAUUUUAGUUCCUGAACUAAACUAAAUUAGUAAAAAGAAAUAACAACAAAAAAAAAGAUGAAAAAAAAAUAUGUAUUUGACAUAUAAACAUAAUUAUACCUAUUUAAAUAAUAACUUUUUUUUUUCUUUAAUUUAAUAAUCAUCUGUUCUUUUUUACGAUUUUGAUUUUUUCCCCUUUUUUUUUGAUCUUUUACCUUAUGCCCUAUUAUUUCAACUACAAAUAUGACAUAUAUUAUGUAUGUAUAAAGAUAAAGAGAAAACGAAAAGGGAAUUCAAAGACCAAAAUUGCAAAAUUGCAUUAAUUUUAAGCAAACUGUGCAAAUACAAUCAAUAAAGAUUUCUAGAAAUAAUAA